AUGAGGAGAUACAUGACGGCUUCCCUCGUCCUGGGUGCAAGCCUAGUGCAAUGUGCCGUCAACCUUGAGGGCACCCAGGCCGGCGCACCCGUGGGGAACGGCGAUCCCUCUCCCAGCGGCGACAUCAAGGCAUACGAGCCGGACCAGCACGACUGUCCACUUCCUUGUGCCCACCUUGACCAUGUGCACACUUUUGUCACCUACUUCUCAAUCAACCUGCUACGGCGAUGCCAGCAGCCCAUGCUGCUGCUGUUCUCGCCCACGCAGCUGCUGGGCGAUCCGGCCACCAGCGUGCUCAUCCGUGGUUACACGCUCGGGGGCGCCGGCGGCGGGGAGCCCAUCGCGCCGCCGGGCAACAUCAACUCGUCCUUCGCGACGACCGAGGCGUCCAAGGUGGCCAACGAGACGGCCACCGGCAUGGGGAACCCGAAGAAGUCCGACACCCUAUACCAGUCGUCUCUGGACCGGGCCCCGGCGUGCCUGGUUCCGGGCGAGCAGGUCAUGAAGACUAUACCGGUUACAACCAACAGCCGUGCCGACGCCUAG